GUAAUGUUUGUGUCUCCUAGCAACAAAAAGAGUAACUUCCGGUGUCAUGAAACUUAACACAAUUUAAACAUUUACUCAUGAUUUAGAACUAUUUACAUUUUCUUUUGUAAAUAAAAAAAAAAGAUGGGAAAGAAAGUAAAGAAAGAUGAGAAGGGACCACCAAGUGAUGUUUUUGAAACACUCCUUGUUGAAAGUCGCCAGGCUGCGACUGUGGUUCUAAUGCUGAACAGCCCAGAGGAGGAUGUGCAGUCAAAAGCUUGUGAAGCCAUCUACAAGUUUGUUGACAAAUGUGAUGAAAACAAAAAGGUAUUACUCGAUCUGGAAGUCCUUGACCCUUUGCUGAGUUUAAUUCAAGGUCCAGAUCGAACAGUUCGUCGACACGCUAUUAUGGCUCUUGGUGUUAUGUGUGCUCACACUGAAGUUCGUAAAGCACUAAGGAAAAGAUCAGGUGCUAUACCUGCUAUAAUUUCUUUAUUGAAUUCAGAUGAGGAUUCUGUAAUACAUGAAUUUGCUGCUCUUGCUUUGUCAUUCAUGGCCAAUGAAUUUGCUAGUAAAGUUGCUAUUCAGGCAGCCAAUGGUGUUGAGCAAUUAGUCCACCUUUUAUCAUCACAUGACCCAGACGUGCAGAAGAACUCUGUAGAAGCCAUUGCUCAGUUAGUUAUGGAUUACAAAGCCAGAUCCAGUGUUAGAGAAUACAAUGGUCUUCAGCCAGUUUUGGAUCUGGUGAAAUCAGAAUAUGCAAUUAUUCAACGUUUAGCUCUUCUGGCUCUUGAUAGACUUUCUCAAGACAGUGAAAACAGACGUGUGCUCAGAGAGAUUGAUGCCAUUGGAAGACUUCUGGACAUACUGGCUCAGCCAACUCUCAAUGACCUUCAUGUUAUGGCGGUGAUGGUCCUGUCCAAUCUUCUUGAAGACCCAGAGAGCUUAGUGCUGGUCAGAGACAAUGGAGCAUUGAAACGCUUUGUUGCACUAAUUACUGAUGCUGCUCCACCAGAAGAUGACAAAAAAGAAGGUGGGAAAAAGUCUUCAUCAAGAACAGGAAACAAAAAAAGUGCUAAAGAAACGAAGGGUAAGAAGGAGGAUGAUGCAAAAGAAGAUGCCCCCUUUGGAGGCGAUUGCAUUAUUCCCACUUUACCUGAUGUAAAAGUUUGUGCUGCGAAGGCCAUAGCCAGAUCUGCGAGGAGUGCUGAAAAUCGUAAACUUCUUCACGAACAGGAAGCAGAAAAAAUGCUUACGACAUUACUUUCCCAUGAUUCACCAGAAGUGCAGGCUGCUGCUGCAUUAGCUAUUGGUGUGAUUUGUGAAAAUGUUAGCUCCAGAGAUUGCAUUAAAGAAAUGGGUGGUUUGGCUCCUUUAGUUAAGCUGCUCAACUCUGAGUAUGGUGAAGUCAAAGAAGCAGCGUCAUUGGCCAUAGCAAACUUGACAACAGCUAAUAAUAAAAAUUGUCUUGAGAUAAGUCGCCUUGGAGGCAUUGAUGCUCUGUUAAUGUGUCUAGGGGAGGUCAGGGAGGAAGUAAUAGCCAACGCUGCUUGUGCUCUAACUAAUAUGGCUCAGGAUGAAAAGCUGAGAACAGAGGCCCAUGCCAAAGGAGUUGUAACAGCACUCAUUUACCCUUUGUCAUCUUACAAUACUAAUGUACAAAGUAAGGUGGCUCUGGCAGUGUCAGCAUUUGCUUGUGAUGCAGAGUCAAGGCGUGAGUUUAAAGAAAAUGGUGGCUUGCAGCCUCUUGUGCAGCUGUUGAACUCUGGGAAUGAUGAAGUGAGAAGGAACACUGCAUGGGCUAUAACUGUGUGUGGUGUAGAUGAGCCCACAGCAUCAGAAAUAUGCAGGCUUGGAGGUCUGCAGAUCCUUCAAGAAAUUCAAACCUCUGCAUCAAGACAUAACACUUUUAUAGAGGCAGCACUGCAGAGAUUGCUGGAUAGCAACCUUUCUGCAAAGUUCUCAUUGUACAACCAUUUAGGUGCUGGCAACAUCAUUGAAGAUGGUUUCUUUGACUGUGGUCAGUUGAAGCAGGGCACAUCCUUUAAAACUUUGGAGGAAUACUGUGCUCAGGAGAUGAAUGACAAGAGACCUGUACUGCUUGUCAAUGCCAAAUGGGUCCCUAGUGAAGAGGAUUACACAGCCAGCAUUUCCAGCAAACUUGAAGAUGAUCAAAAAACUGAAAGCUCUUCAAAGGUCAAGGACACUUUGUUAAAAUCCAAAUCAAAGAUCAAGAAUGUCAGAUCUUCCAACGCUUCAAAUAGAGAGUCCCCUGACAACAAGAAAGGAAAAAAGUUUAAAGAAAAAGAAGAAAAAAAUCCAAAAGAAGAUGAUAGUCAAGAUAAAGAAAGAGAGAGUGUACUACGUGAGCCUGGCGUUUUCUGUCCACCCCCUGACCCACAGCUGUUCAAGUAUAUUGAAGAAGUGAUUGACAAAAUACUUCCACUCCCUAGUAUUAGGGUUCAAGUGGUUGCUUUGGCUGAGUUUGUUUCCUUAAAAAUGGGUGGAAGAAUUCCUCGGGGUGAAGUUGCUAACUUUAGUUGGGAGCUUCCGUUAAAUCAGCUUAGGUUCCAGCUAAAAUCAAAUGUCAUUCCUAUAGGGCGCAUCAAAGCAGGCAUACACAUCCACAGAGCUCUAUUGUACAAGACUUUAGCAGAUCGUAUUGCUCUCCCUUGUUCACUGACAAGAGGUGAAUAUAACAGGGCUUGGAAUGAAGUCUUGCUCCCUGAUGAAGAUGAGGAUCCACUGAUUCCAAAAUUUCCACCCAAGAGAUACAUAGUGGACUUGGUACAUGAGCCUGGCUCUUUGCUAGUUCCUGAUACACAAGCAGCAGUUAGCUACAUGAAGUUGUGAAGAAACUCUUUUGUUAGAAGAGUUACUUUUUAAUGGAACAAGCAUAGCUGUGAUUUUAAUCUAGAAACUCUCCACCCCUAAGUCAAGACACAAGCACAGUAUAAAUAUAUUAAUCUUUUAUGAAACACUAGUAUAUAUGUUUGGUUAGUUUUCAAGUUUAAAAGCUUGUAUUCAGUAAAUUGUCAGUAAAAGAAAGCAUUUGAAUGAAUAUACAAUAUCUAAAUGCUGGUGUAUUAAUACUAAAAUUGGAGUGGAUUUCUUCUACUAAGAUGCAAAUGAGAUUCAUAACUUUGUAAGUUUUUAGUAUUCAGUGUGACCUGCAAUUUGUUGACAAUUGUGAUAAAUAAUUAAAUAUUUAAUUCUCACAUUUUUUGUUUGUUUUUUCCAGUGUAUUUUACUUACAUCUUAUAGUAAAUAAAUAAGUGAUGAAUUCUGGCCCUAUCAAUAUGUCUUUAUAGUUUCUGUACCUCAAAACUGACCCAUCAAUAGGUUAAACAUUGUAACAUUUAAGAAUUCUAACAAUUUUGGUUGUAGUUUUCAAAAGUUAAAAGUCUGUACUUAAAUACAUUUAAAUGUAAUUCAAUAAAAGGUUGUAUGUA